AUGUCAGAUUUCAGGAUAUAUAUUGGUAGGAAUCCGCGUACAAUUGUCUUAUCUUAUAAGGAUUAUAGUCUUGCUUUCAAGAGAUACCAGACCCCACCUGGCCACAAAUCACAACAGUAUGGCAGACCACCUACAGUUAUCAUUAAUACGAUUGCAAAAGAGGAACUUCUAGAUAGCAGUAAAUAUUACGAAGUUACAUUUGGAAUUUUUAGUGGACUAUUGGGUAUAGUAACUGUCCACAAUUCGGCAUACAUCGGUGUCAUUUCAGGCGUCCAGAAUGUAGGCUUUCCUCGAUGGACUUUGAGCAACUCACAUGUUAUUCCUUCAGAAAAUAUAUACAAGGUAUUAGAUGUUGAUUUUUACAGUUUGGACUCAAAUGUUUUCGAUUCGUGGUAUUCAGACAGAUCAGAACAGGCGUAUGAUAGAAUGGUGCAUGAGCACCCAUGUGGCUCACUCAAGAAACUUUUUGGCGAUGGGUCUUUUUAUUUCUCGAAGGAUUUUGAUAUAUCGAAUAAUGUCAAAAACCAUACUAUGGUCCAUAAUUUAGAGUACACAAUUGACAACCAAGAUUCUAUGUUUAUUUGGAACACUCCCCUAACGUCAGAGAUUGUUACAUGGCGAAACAGGCUCCCGGGGGACGAAAGACAGGCCUUUGAUAGUUCAUCUCUACUAACAUUUGUCAUUAGAGGCUUUUGUAAAACUAUAUUGAUUGAGGAUUCUCUUAAUACAUCAUCAAUUACUCUUAUAUCCAGAAUAUCUACAGAGAGUAAACAGCAUUGUUUAAGUGCAGAUGGUCUGAGUGAGGAUGGUAAAGUGUCCAACUUUGUUGAGACAGAGAUUGUUGUUACUACUACGAACUUUAUUUUUUCAUAUACCCAAAUAUGUGCCAAUAUUCCAUUAUACUGGGAAUCUGUUGAUAAGCAAAUAUUAUAUGGUCGUAAGGUGAAGAUAACGAAGGACGCAGUCCAUAUGCAAACGGCAUUUGAUCGACAUUUCGAUAACUUGGAAUCAAAGUAUGGUAUUAUUACAAUUGUAAAUAUUGUUAAACCAAGAAGUGAAACGCAAGAAUCAUUAGGAAGUGUAUAUAAGGAGUGUGCAGAUAAAAGGGGUAUCAAGAUGACAAAUCUAGAAUGCGGUUCAAGCACACUUUCGAAAACCCCACACAAGUUGUUAUACCUCCUAAAAGAGGACUUAUUUGAGUUAGGUGCAUUUGCGUACGAUAUUGAAAGAGGUGUGUACUUUGGGAAACAGACAGGUGUUUUAAGGAUCAGUGCAUUUGACUCCGUUGAGAAGCAGAUGCUCGUAGAAAAGAUUGUUAGUAAAGAUAUUAUUGAACUAGCCACAAAAGAACUUAAUAAAUUUGAUCUUACCUCCUCUUUUGUCGAGACCCACGAUAAAUUAUGGUCUGAGAACGCUUUUUGGAUGGAACAGAUUUUUUCGAAGAAUUCGAAGAAUCCAAGCAAAUAUCUUAAGAUUUAUUCCUUGUUGUUUGAAUCUAAAAUGAAACUGUAUGAUCCAUUACAUUUUUACAUCUCUCGUUAUUUAAAACAAUUAAAGACCAACUUUACUUAUGAGCGAAGUAUAAGUAUUUUCUGUGGAACGUUUAAUAUAAGUGGUAAAACUUCAAAGGAUAGCAUCGAUGAAUGGAUUUUCCCCGAUAAUUCAGGUAUUGUCGGGAUGGCAGAUGCCUAUAUUAUUGGUUUUGAGGAAGUUGUUGACCUUACUCCUGGUCAAAUGUUGUCAACUGAUCCAUAUGCGAAGAGAUAUUGGGAACAGCGUGUACUGACGUUGAUCAAUGGUAAAAGUGAUCAAAAGUAUGCCACUGUCUGGAGCAGUCAGCUUGGUGGUGUUUUAUUGAUGUUUUUUGUAAAAGAUUCGGACUACUCUAAAAUCAAACAUAUUGAAGCUGAUGUAAAGAAGACUGGAUUUGGUGGUAUGGCAUCAAACAAAGGUGCAGUAGCUAUCAGUUUUAGAUACAAUGCGACGAGUUUUUGUAUAGUGGCUUCACAUCUUGCGGCUGGGCUAGAAAAUGUUGAACAACGACAUAAUGAUUAUAAGACCAUUUUCAAGAAUAUUCGUUUUGCUAGAGGUCAACGAAUUAAAGAUCAUGAUGCUGUUAUUUGGAUGGGGGACUUUAAUUAUAGAAUUUUAAUGAAUAACGAAGAUGUGAGACACUUGAUCUCGUUAGAAGAUUAUUCUAGUCUUUUUGAAAAGGAUCAAUUAAAUCAACAAAUGAUAUCUGGUGAGUCCUUCCCUUAUUUCCAUGAAAUGCCUAUAACAUUUCCACCGACUUAUAAAUUUGAUCCUGGAACCAAGACUUAUGAUACUAGUGAAAAGAUGAGAAUUCCAGCUUGGACAGAUAGAAUAUUGAGUAAAGGUGAAAUUUUGACUCAAUUAAGUUAUGGGUAUGCAGAAAACGUUAUGUUUUCUGAUCAUAGGCCUGUGUAUGCGACAUUUGAAGCUACUAUUACUGUUGUGGAUGAGGAAAAGAAAGAGUCUUUAUUUUCCAAGAUAUACGAUAAGGUGACAAGAAAAUUAGCUGCAUUAGAUGAAGAUGAAAAAGAGGCAUUCCUUAAUGGUAGGGAUAUAUUUAUUGAAGGUAUGGAUAAGGAGAGUCUGGUACCGAAAUCGAUAUUAUCUUCAAGCCAGGUAUCAGAUCGGGUGAGAAGUAAGAAACUACCGCCACCAAGUUCUGAAGCAAAAAAAUGGUGGAUUGGUAAUGGUAAACAAGUUAAAGUUGAGUUAGAAGUUGAUCCGGGGAAAUAUAUGAUAAAUCCUAAUAGAGAUCCAAAUCCAUUUAGAGACAGUGGUGGCCAGCGAUUAUUUGUGCCAAGACAAUAA